AUGGAUGUUCUGAGGCACUCAAACCAGAUGAUACAUUUCGCAAUUAAAGACAAUUUAAACUCUUGGAAUCUUACCGUGGUGUAUGGUAGUCCACACCCACAAUUUCGCAUCGAACUAUGGAGAGAUUUAAAGAAGAUUGCAUCUGAAAUCCGAGGAGCUUGGAGCUUAAUUGCUGACUUCAAUGCAGUUUUGGCAGAUAACGAAAGACAGGGUGGCUCUCUGACAUCUUGUCAUAGGGGAGAUAACGCAUUUAGGGAGUUGGUACGGGAAUGUAACCUCAUUAACAUGGGCUACCAAGGGAAUCCUUUCACCUGGCGACGUGGCAUGCUGUAUGAACAACUGUAUAGAGUCUUGAUGAACCUGGAGUGGCAACUCACAUUUCCACAGGCUGAUGUUUUCCAUUUAAACCUAAUGAAGUCAGACCAUUGCCCUCUACUCUUAAAAUUUGAUACUUCUUGGCAAGCUAGCAGAUGUCGUAGGCCCUUCCGAUUUGAAGCUGCUUGGCUCACACACCCAGACUUCUCAAACCAAAUUCGUUCUAAUUAG